UCGACACCAGAGUAUAUAGCGACAAGAGUCACGCGAAGAGCCCUGGACAAUUACGAAUUGGCCACUAUGGCGAAUCUGUUGGUACCAUUUGUGAUACUGGUAUCUAUAUGUCACGGAAAUACUCAAGAUGUCGACAACACAGCCCUGAAUAUUUUCGAGGCUCUGUCGUCCACUUUGAAUUGCGGCCAGUUCAAGAAUCUUGUGAUUGCAAGCGGGAUGCAGGUACAAGACUUCUUCAAGAUGGGUCAGUCGCUGACCCUGUUUGCCCCGAAUGACACUGCGUUCGAACAGAUGCUUCCAGACAAGCGACAGAAGCUGUUCAGCAUGACAGCCACCGAGAAGGCCGACUACGUGAAGUCGUUCACAUUAACCAAGGUAUUGCAGACCUCCAGCAUGACCGAGUUCCUGAUAGAGAAAAGCCAGGGCGCACUAGGAAAUACCAAUAUAUUCUUCUACAAGAGAGAAAGGAAGCGGGAUAAUAUAGUCAGCGGUCUAGCUGGUCGGACAGAAUACUACGCUAAUGGAGCUCUGAUCUACAAGCCUGAUGUCCGCACGCAGAAUGGAAUUGUCCACAUCAUCGACCGUGUCCUUGACCCCAUCGUGCCGUAUGGAGUGUACGGCUACAUUCAGAGGCCGGACAUUCUGCAGCCCGCUUUAAAAAUGAAGUUUUUCACGGAAGUUGCCGAGUACGUUCGUGGAGAGUACUACGCCCAGGCCAUCAGCCCACUAACCAACAGCCUCCGCUUCACCAUGUUUGUCCCUACCGAUGAGGCCAUCAACAAAAUACCGAAGGAAAAGCUGGAUGAACUCCGCUCAAAACAACCCGAGCUGGCCAGAGUUAUCAAGCAGCAUGCAAUUCCCAACAAGGCCGUGUACACGUCGUUUGUGAACCACAACGAGGGCUUUCAGUGCUUGGACGGAAGGGCAGUUUUCAAAAAAAAUAUCCGAGAAUCUGUAUAUGUGAGCGCAGGAGGCGUCAAUGCACUCAUCGCCAGGGGCAACCUAACUCUGUCCAAUGGCGUGAUCCACUUUGUGGACACUCUGCUUGGCUUCGUCUACAACACAGCCAGGGAACAGAUCCAGCUCGACAGUGUUCUCAGCCAAUUCCGUCAAGUGCUUGAUCGAAGUCGGAAGGACCUACAGGAUUUCUUAGUCGUGUCUAGUGGCGUUACAUUAUUUGUGCCCAUGAACGAUGCUUUCACCAAAAUCCAAAAUCUGCCUGGCGUCGACUUCUUCAACAACCAGACUCUGAUCAAUUAUGUGACGGAGCUGCACAUGCUGGAGCCUGGCCUAGAGUUCGCCAUCACCAACGUCAACGGAGACUACCAGGCUAGGGUUGAGACACCGUCCCAGUACCGCGGCUGGAACAUCAAGAUCUACAGUCAGGGCAACGACACAUGGGCUGAAGGUGGGUAUGUGAAGACCCGCGUGAUCCGCCCUGAUGUGGGGGUGACCAACGGCUUCAUACACUACGUCGAUGGGAUCUUCGGUGUCCCCUACCGAGAUGUACCUGGCAUCAUCUACUGUGAAGACUGGCUGAUAAAGGCGUCCUACAUAUUCAGCAUCACGGGCCUGAACGACUACCUGAAGGACAUCCGGAUGAGCACCAUGCCUGCUUGCAGCUACAACACCAAGAGGCGGGACUACAACUACGCCGACCCCAACCUCUUCAACAACAACCAAAAUGUCUAUGGCACCAACACCAACAGCAACUCCCAACCGUCACAGUCGCCGCCGAUCAAACGCGGAGGAUGCGGGGAAAGCAACACGCUCUGUCAGUUCACGGUCUUCGUCCCCAAUGGAACCACUAUAGACAACUUCGGAAACAGCUACUAUGGGAGACAAUUAUUCCGGGACAACAACCGACUCCGAUAUGUAUUACGGCGUCAUAUUGCGCUGAAUCGUAAGAUCUACGUGGACCAGCUGAGUCGAGGAACACACGUGUACACAGCAGACACAGGGGAUGAGGUGCGCUUCAACAAGAUAGAUGACAAGAAUACAGAAGUAUAUUUCCAGAAUACCCGGGCUCGAAUCAUUCACUCCGACCUGGGCGCAACUAACGGGGUCAUUCACAUCGUUGAUGACUUCCUGUUUGUUAACGAAGACAUGACCAGAGACAUUUCAGGUAGUCCCAAGAUGGCUGCCACAAAAACGACUACUUUUAUCAGUUUAAUGGUCUUGUUUUAUUCUUUAUUUUCUUGUGCAACGUGAAUCUGAAUUUUUUAUAAUUAUUCUGUUGGUGCCAUGUGUUUAAUGAAUUGAAAGAUGCUAGAUAUUUAAUGAUCUCAUGAUGUUUUCUCAGAGAGCUUUUAAUUUCCUUCAUAAUUUCAUUGAUCACUUUGUAUUUUAAUUGUACCAAUAUCAACAUGUUUUUUAUCACCUUUGUACAAAUGAUGUAUAAUGCAGUGUUGUAACCGUUGUGUGUUUAUAUUGUUAAUACUGUUUAAUCAUGUAAAUAUGAUCUUUUUUCUACUUUCAUAUGUACAUUUCUUCAUAUUCAUCCGAUCUUUCAUUAAUUCCUCCCUUCUUUCCUUCUGCUGCUGUUGUGUUGAUUUCCUCAUGUGUAUAACAUGUACAUAUUUUUCUGUUACAAGUUCUGUGUUUCUUGUGUUAAUGUUUGCAUAAACCCCCAAUAAUGAGGUAUUGUCCACUAGCAGACUACUGUUUCCUGAUUGGCUGAUAAUAAAAGGGGCGGGGCUUGUGUCGCAUGGCUCUGAA